AUGACCGUCACGUCUGUUUCACUCCCGUUCGACUGCACCCUUCCUUCCAGCUCCGGUAGCUCCAUUAAAAAGCCCAUCAAAUCCGUCUCCAAGCCAUGCUUUGGUUGUGACUGCGGCGAUGAAGAUCACCAUAAUAUCCCCUGCACAUUCGACAGAGUGGUGCAGAGGAAAAGGAAAAACGUCGACGAUGAGGGACGCCCCAAAGUGUCACGGCUAUCGGAGCGAAUUAGUCGCAUCGAGCAGCUUCUUGCAGAGAACUUAAUGAGUGAUCAAAUCUCAGUGCCUGGAGACUCGCCUCAAUCUUUUGAAGCCAACACAACGGCCAGCAGCUCCCCAAGUAACACGCAGCUUCAAGACUCAUCGUCAGUGCGAGUUCACUUUGCGGGAAAAGAGCUGGGUGUCAUCAGUUUACUCACGGGCACGCCGUUCCUCUUUCCCGAGGGACAGGAAUGGAUCAAAGCUCGCACCGGACAACCCCUUGCAAUUGACAAGCUUUGUCCAGAACGAGCACCUUGGGAUAAAGAGCGCGGGCAAACCUUCAACACUGUGCUGAUGAACAUAAACAUGAACACUUGCAAUCCCUAUGAACUUCCCGACUGGAGAACAGUGCAGGUGUACUUCCAAGCAUAUAAGAACUCCAAGGUGAUGCGGCGCGUCUUUCCCGUUAUAGACCCGGAUCUUUUUGAGGAAACCAUCAAGACAGCUUACAGCCAAUCACCAUCUACCUUCAGAUAUGGCCAGGCCAGCGCCAGAGUUUGUGUCAUUGCAUUUCUGACCUUUGUUUCUCGCCUCCCCGACGUCAAGCGUUUUGUCAGCACGACUGCAGCGACGGCACCAGUUGAUCAUGAUCUACUUGCCACGAAAGCACAGUUCUUUAUGCCUCAAACUCUCUUCGAGCUAUCUUCGGGAAAUAUGCGGGCAACCAACUACUAUGCGGCGGUUGCUGCGCGGCUCAUUUUCAUGCUUGGUGGCAAUCUCUCUAGUAGUCAGGCCGUCUCAACGGAUACCCGCAGCCAGCAAAAGCAUUCACAGCUACGGAAUCUAUUCUGGAUUUGCUACACGAUUGAUAAGGACCUUGCACUGCGCACGGGUCAACCACCUACUAUCACUGACGAAAAUUGCGAUCUGACACUUCCGCCGGGCUAUCUCGAUCGAGCAUUCUUGGACGUGGAAGACCAUGAGGCCCCAUGGUACGGUCCCGUAUUUCCAUUCGACUUGCGCCUGAGUAUCAUCAAAGCCCGAGCGCAUCGAGAGCUGUAUUCAGUCAGCUCUAUGCAGAAAUCGGACGCCGAGCUGCUCAAGUCAAUCCGAGAACUCGAUGACGCGCUAGAGGAAUGGCGGCUGUCAGUCCCUCCUAAAUGGCGUCCAACCGUGUCCUUUUCUUCCGAGACCUCAGAUCCAAAUAUGGGUAUGCACACUGUCAUGCUGCGCCUGAACUACCACCUAUGCAUGACUAUCAUCCAUCAAGCAAGUGGAAGAUGCAAGGCGUGGAUGCAGGGACAAAGUGGCAUGAUGGAUGGUGUGAGUUCAAGUAUGGCACUUUCGGUAGAGGCCAGUCGAUCAAGUCUAUGUUACCUGGAGGCGGCAGAACAUGUGGUAGUCGACGGGGUUUUUUGGACUCUAAUCUUCUACCCCAUGUCCGCGCUGCUCACCAUCUUCUGCAGUAUUCUUCAGAACCCAUUGGACCCAUAUUCGCGCGAGGACUUGGGCCGAUUGAAUGUCGCCACGGUUAUGAUUGAGCGCAUCUUCUCACGGAAACUGCCCGCAACUGAGCUCGUGCACUUCAAAUUGGUCGCCGAUUUCAUUGUGGAAUUGAAGCGAUUGGCCGAGUGUGCCAUCGACAAGGCCUGGGCGGAGCAGCGUGCUGCGUCUCAUUAA